CGGAGGCUGCGGGUGCCGCUCCGACCUCGGAGCAUCAGCUCUGGACCAGACUGGGACACGGCGCGGGGCUACCACUGAUUCACAUCGACUGCAAGUCAGAAGGCCGUCACAAUGUUUAGCAAAUUACCCCAGUCACAACCAGUCACCAUAGAGUUCAAUGACCUUUCGUACAAGGUAGCGGCACCCCGGCCCAAAGGACAAGUUAAAAAAGAGUGGAAGACGAUCCUGGACGGGGUGACGGGUACCUUCCGACCCGGUCAGCUCACAGCCAUCAUGGGUCCCUCGGGCGCCGGCAAGUCCACAUUGCUGAACGUGCUCGCUGGAUACAAAGUGCGAAACGUGGAGGGCAGCAUCAAGAUCAACGGUGCAGCGCGGAACCUGCAGACGUUCCGUAAGAUCCAGGCGUACAUCAUGCAGGACGACUACCUGCUGCCCUACAUCAGCGUCGACGAGGCCAUGAUGGCGGCGGCCAACCUCAAGCUGGGAGCAGGAUUCACCCACCAGAGCCGGCGGCAGGUGGUGGAUGACGUGCUGGAGACGCUGGGACUCUCCUCCUGUGGUAACACUCGCUGCCUGCGCCUGUCGGGCGGCCAGAGGAAGCGGCUCUCGAUCGCGCUGGAACUGCUCAACAACCCGCCAGUGAUGUUCUUCGACGAGCCCACCAGUGGUCUAGACAGUACCUCAUGCUCCUCGUGCGUGUCGCUGCUGAAGACGCUGUCGCAAGGCGGCAGGACCAUCAUCUGCACCAUCCAUCAGCCGUCCUCGCGGCUGUUCCAGCAGUUUGACCAGUUGUACAUCCUGUCGCGGGGCAGCUGCAUCUACCGCGGCACGAGGUCCAACCUGGUGCCGGCGCUGGCCGCCGCCGGCCUCGACUGCCCCGGCUAUCACAACCCGGCCGACUUCGUGAUAGAGGCGGCGAGCGGCGAGUACGGCGACUGGACCAGCCCGCUGGUGGAGGCCGCCCAAAACGGCCGAUCUCGGACUUGGAGCGGGCCGGACCCGCUUGCCGGACAGUUUACAGCCGACGACUUUCAGCAGAGCGACGAAACAGACUUUGCCAUUUCAAGGCUGGCUAACGGUGAACUGCUGGCGGACGGGAAGAGUAAUGGUGGCAGUCAGUUGCACCACCAGAAUAGCUCGCCACUCCUCCAGAACGGCUCGUCAUCUCACCAAAACGGACCGUCACUCCAACAGAACUUCUCGGUGUCCCACCUUAGUGAUCCGUUACCCCGCUCGAAUGACAUUUCAUCCCACCAUAGCAGCGCUCCGGCAAACCAAAGCGUGUCUUCGCUACCUCAGUACGUGGACGGGAGCGUACCGCGUCAUAGUCGCGCGGCUCAGCAUCCGAACGGCGCUGCGGGCGCUCUGUCGAGCGCACCAGGAUCGCCCCUGAGCUGCGAGGCCGACGAGCCGUGCUGCACCAGCCGACUGCUGGAAGAGCAGGCGGCUGGGGACCACGCCGAGCGUGUCCAGCUGGGCGUCCUCUGUCCGAGGCUCGAGGCCGACGUCGGAGCCCGGCCGCUCGACCCUGUGUGCCGGCUGCAGCGACUGGACUCGGGCCGGGAGCUGUACAGAACGACGGCCACCACGCAGUUCUGCGUGCUACUCAAGCGCACGUGCAAGUCGAUCGUUCGCGAUCCGAUGCUGACCAUGGCCCGCCUGGCGUCUCACCUGCUGUUCGGCCUGCUCAUCGGCAGCCUCUAUUUCCGCAUUGGCAACGAGGCAAAAGAUGUGUACAACAACGCCGCGCAGCUGUUCUUCGCGCUCAUGUUCCUGCUGUUCAGCGCGCUCAUGCCCACGAUUCUCACCUUUCCAUUGGAGAUGUCUGUUUUCAAGAAGGAGUACAUGAACUGCUGGUAUUCUGUCAAGUCAUACUAUCUGGCCAAGACGUUAGCUGAUUUGCCAUUUCAGAUAGCAUUUCCGGUUAUCUACGACGCCAUCGUGUACUUCAUGACGUCACAGCCCUUGGAGUGGGACCGGUUCUGCAUGUUCUGCUUGAUGACGAUUCUGACGUCGCUUGUAGCGCAGAGCGUCGGUCUAGUCAUAGGCGCCUGCUGUGGAAUACAGCUGGCCGUGUUCCUGGGGCCGGUCACGAUGAUCCCCAUCAUCCUGUUUUCGGGCUUCUUUGUGAACCUGAACACGAUUCCGGUGUGGCUGUCGUGGGUGUCGUACAUCUCGUACGCCCGAUACAGCUUCCAGGGCCUCAUGCUGUCCGUCUACGGCUUUGGUCGCGAAGAUAUGCACUGCUCACUACCCUACUGCCACUUCAGGAGCCCUGAGAAGUUUCUCAAGGAGAUGGACAUGCUGGACGCCGACUACUGGACGGAUGUGGCCGUGCUCUGCGCGAUGACCGUCUGCCUGCGACUCAUUGGCUACUUCGUGCUCCGCUGGAAGCUCAAGAUGGAGCGAUGAGGCCUGCCGCCGCUCUGGUGACACCAGCAAUCGAUGUGGCAGUCUGGACAACGGCCCAACACCGAGCUGGAUGUUGGGGCAGCGGCUCAUCAGCGGCGGAGCGUGCGGGACCGUGUGGGUGCGGGCUGCGGUGGAGCGUGCGGGACCGUGUGCGGGAGGGCUGCGGCUCAUCAGCGAUCGAGCGUGCGGGACCGCGUGCGUACGGGCUGCACCGACUAGACACGGGUCUGACCUGCGCACACUCUUCCGUUUGGUGCUGCGGUCUGGCUGUAUAGCCCGUAACGCCACCCUGGCCCCAGCCUGAGACAGGCGGCCCGUGGACGACCGUUUGAACGCCGCCAGUUCGGCGCCGUCCGCUGGCGUUCCACCAGCGCCCCGGCGGAACGAGUGAGGUUCUGGGUGUCUGGAAGACAUCGCGCCUCAACUUCGCCGUUCGGCCGCGCUCCGAAACAAAUGCAUGUGACAUUGCGAUAUUUCUAGGAUAGGAAAGAAGCUACGAGGUGUUUUCCAAGCUGUAAUUGAGUUGUAUCAGAAGCCACAGUUAUCUUUUUUAGUUUUGAUCAUGUUUAGAGGAAUGGAUCGGAAGGCAUGGGAACUUUUGCAUGCUGGAGUUGAUUUCGAUCGGUGUAACUUUAGAUUACAUUUUGAAGGCAAUGCUUUGGAUUAUUUACAUUCAGCGGAUUUGCGUUAGGCGGAGAUCAAUGGCAAAUACGGCGACCAACGGCUCUUAACUGAAAGAUGCUGCAAAAAGGUCACGCAAUACCGUCCGCCUCAGUUCUGAUAUGAUACUGAUAUUAUUGCAAGCUCGCGAUGGACCCACCAUUAAGCUGUACUCAAGUGAGAGUGACUGUGGUCGUCAAGCAAUAUAACCUGUGCGGUGCCACAGAUGUUUGCUGUAAGCUAUCGUAAAGUUUCCUCAUCAUGUUAGCUGUAUUGGUCAUGCCUGAAUGCCAAGGAAAGGUCCCAGGUUAAAACGAAACCAAGCAAAAUACCAUGGAGCCCAACGAAUCUUUGGAAAAGGCCCAGGCAAGACCCUGGAAAACCUUCAGCACAGUUUUGAAUUGGGUCCAGGACACCAAGAAGACAUAAAUCGGGAUGAAUCGCAGACCCUGGAAGAUCUAUGACGCGGGCCGGAUGAAUGGGAUCCAACGCCCACCCCUAAGGUCCGCAGCAAUGAACACCUUCUUGGCAUGGUAUUGGUGAUUCCUAUAGACUGGCAAGUUUUUUCCGGCCGGUGGGUUAAUUACCUUGAGCGUUUAUGCGCCAGCAAAUCUUGUCGUUGGUAUUCCAUGUGUCUCAAAGGUCGCCGAGACAGUUAUCAAAAUAAGCCCAAAGAAUGAAUCUAAACAAUGUAUUUGACAGACAUUAUGGCCGGUGGAACGGGGUAGAACUCUCAAGAUACAAGGAAGAGUUUUUGUUACCGACGCUUCUGAACCGUUAACAGACACGUAUGCGCAUUGCGUGCAAACAAGUCGUUUGGAAAUAAAUGACUACCGCUGAAUGGUA